UAGAUACAAAAUAAAAAUAUUAAAAUUUAUAAUAAAAGCAAAAAAUCUAUUUGGCUCCAUAGAUAAAAAUAGUAAAAUCGUUUUUUUUUCGGAGGGAGUAGUAGCUUCCUUUCGAAUAUUCGCCCCCAAAUUUCUCCUCCUCUAUAUAUAACCAAACCUUCAAUCAUAUUUUUUGCCAAAAUUAAAAACUUUUUAAUUUAUUUUCUUCUUAAAAUAUUGAAGAAAUAAAAAAUGUCUGGAAAUGGCAGAAUGAAGAGAGUUACUGACCCGUUAAACGAUAAAGUGAAGGCUCGAAUCGUCGGCGGCGAUCUCCGGGAACUCGGUUAUCUCAGCAGCGGCAGUGAACACAGCGCCGAUGCUGAUAGCGACGUUGUUUCGCCUAGCUUUUCAGGUCUCGUUUUUGGUUUUCCUGAUGAUUUGGAUCAAAAUCAGUCGCCAGAAAAUGAUAACUACGAUACUGAGCUCGAUGAGUCAUCAGUUGAUUUUGGUGAAAACUUGCCGGAGGUGAUUUUUCAAAGCGAUACAGAUUUGUAUCGGAAUGUGCUGUGUUCUCAUGUUUACAAAGCGUUAGAAGUUUUUUCGUGUUUGAAAUCGAAUAAAUCAGUACUCCGAAGGAAUGUAAUGAUGUGUUUAAGAGAUUUUGGUUAUAAUGCUGCUAUUUGUAAAUCACAAUGGGAGAGCUCCGGUGGACUUACCGCCGGAAACUAUGAGUUCAUCGAUGUUAAAUCAGAUGCCGUCAAUCGGCAAACUCGUUACUUCGUCGAUUUGGAUUUCGCCGCGGAAUUCGAGAUCGCGAGACCGACGAGAUUCUACGAACAGUUAUCACAGUCGUUACCGAAUGUUUUCGUCGGAAAAAAUGAAGAAUUAAAGCAGAUAUUGAGGACAAUGAGCGACGCCGCUAGGCGAUCGUUGAAAAGCAGAGGUCUACACCUUCCUCCAUGGAGAAAAUACCGUUUCAUGCAGAACAAAUGGCUCGGUCCGUACAAACGGACGUCGAAUAUCAUCCCGUGGACGAACACUCCGACGUUUUUGCCUCCGCCGUCGAAUCAGGCAUACGCCGUGAAGUGCAGGUCAGUUGGCUUCGAAACCGCCGUACACGGCGGUCUCUGGUUGCCGGCGGUUACCCGGACUGGAUGACUUUCUGAAGAUGCUAAUAAUUAAAUUAAUUUUUAAUUAUAUUAGCAUUUUCUUGUUUUUAGAGUUGUCGUUUUGUGUUUAAACAAAGCGUCGUCGUUUUGUUUACCAUGUGAAAAGAGAUAAAAUGAUUAUCCAAAACAUGGUGUGUAACGCGGCAAAUACCCAUUGUGUGCUUUUGUUUAUUCUAUUUUUUCGCUUUUCCAUCUGAUGACGUGAGCUUGUAGUGGAGCUCCGACUAAAUUUGGAUUGUGUAUUAUAGGAUUCAUUUUGAAAUGCGCUCUAAAUUGCUUU